UAACUGAAAUUCAUGCAGCAGUAGUUUUACUAUAUCAGUGUAUAUAACCGUGGCAAAAUGAAGCUCUCAAUUUUCUUCUUUUCAAUGUUAUUUUCAUUUGGAUACCAGGAUUCUAUACCAGAUACAAUCAAUGAGUACAUAGAAAAUCUAAGGAAUAACAUUUCAGAACCGAUUACAAUAGAAACACUAAAUCCUGAUCUAUCAGACAAUGACUAUGUUUCGGGAUACCUUAAUAUAAGUAACGUGAAUAUGCAGGGUCUUAAGAAUUUCGAUUUGAAUAUAACUUAUGCCGCUAAUAUUAUACCAACUCAGUUUGUCUUAACAAUCAAUGAUUUCAAAUUGGAUUUGGAUUAUGUGACAGACGUUAUUUUGCUAAACGUAUCUCUACUUCACAUUUAUGGAAACGGGAAAAUAAGCGUGGAACUAACAAAUCUUACAAUUGGAGGAGACUUGACGAUUUCAUUGGUGCCAGUAAAUGUGACUAUAACAGGAAUGCAAAUGCAUCUUGACGAUGCAAAGUUCAGAGUUGAAGGAAUGUUAAACGACGACACCUGGAGCAAUAGAUUUAGUGAGUUACUAUGCAAAAACGUCGCCAACAUUUUCAAUGUCCAAGAACACGGAUUGUCAAUUUUGGUAGAAGAUGCUUUGAACAAGGUUAUAGCUGAUAUAAUAUCUAGUAAUACUACAUUGUCGGGACCAGACGGUGACAGUGAG